UUUGUUUCUUCCAAUUGUUCACCGUCGUGUGUUUUUUUUAUUUUAUUUGCUCUUAAUUCUGAGUGAUCGUGGAAACAGGGACUGGGGUCCGUGUGUGGAGAAGAACGUUUUCACUGCUCCAUAAAUGAGACCACUGAGUUUGGCAGCCGUCGGGCAAACAUCCCAGAUGCUCCUUCCUCAAUAUUCUGCCGCCGUUCACGACAGAGUUUACUGAACUGAACACAAAGCAGGCAAAAAGGAAGAGAAACACUGGUGGUCGUAACAGCAACAGGUUGCAACAUGCGGUUUGGCAGGCAGGUAUUUUGUCUGAAAACAUGUCAAGCAGCUGAGUCUGUGGGAUGAAAGCACAAAGAAAGCACAAAAGAAGGGAAAAAAAACAACCAUGCUGGAGGAUUACCAGCUGGUCUACAUCGUCUUGGAGGUGGUGAUCGCUUUCCUGGCCGUGGCCGGGAACACUCUGGUCUGCUGGUCUGUCAGCGUCAAUUCCAACCUGCAGAGCAUCACCAACUUCUUCGUGGUGUCGCUGGCUGUCGCUGAUAUUGCUGUCGGACUGCUGGCGAUUCCCUUUGCUAUCACUAUUAGCUUUGGGUUCUGUGCGAACUUCUACGGCUGCCUGUUCAUCGCUUGCUUCGUGCUCGUACUGACUCAGGGUUCCAUCUUCAGCCUGCUGGCCAUCGCUGUGGAUCGCUACAUCGCCAUCAACAAUCCACUCAGAUACAACAGUCUGGUGACGGGGCAGAGGGCAAAGGCCUUCAUCACAUUAUGCUGGGUUCUCUCAGUUAUCAUUGGCCUGACGCCACUGAUGGGCUGGAACACAGGUUCGAACUCCUCCUCCGCCGAGACCAACACCAAGCUGCCAAUUUGCCCAGAAGGCAAGACCCACUGCUUGUUUGAGGGGGUCGUCACCAUGAACUAUAUGAUCUACUUCAACUUCUUAGGCUGUGUGAUGUUACCCCUGCUGGUGAUGCUGGGUAUCUACAUUCAUAUUUUCCUCGCUGCAAGGAGGCAGCUCCGACUUAUGAACGUGAAAGUUGCGCACACGCCCGCUGCUGGAGAGAAAACGUUCUCAGGCUCAUGUCGCUCGACCCUGCACAAGGAAGUGCACGCUGCAAAAUCCCUGGCUAUCAUUGUGGGUUUGUUUGCCUUUUGUUGGCUCCCUUUACACAUCAUUAACGCAGUCAACUAUCUGUGUGAGCACUGUGAACACCCAGGUGUCUGGGUGAUGAACAUCGCCAUCAUCCUCUCCCAUGCAAACUCUGUGGUGAACCCCUUCAUCUACGCCUACCGCAUUAGAGAAUUCAGACAGACCUUUCGGAAAAUCCUGUACCAGCACAUUCUGGGGAAAAGGGAUGGGCGGAGGCAUGGGAUUGGGGGUGGUAGUACUGAUGGUACAGGUCCUGGGAGGUGCAGUGUCAUACGGAGCUCCUCCCAUGCCAGUUUCGAGGGGUCAUCAUGCGGCACAGUGGUGAAUAGUUACGUCCUGGAUCCCAGUCUUGAUGUGACAACAUCCCAGGACAGUCAUGAACUGAACUGCAAGUGGACAUCAGAGUUAGAUGUUGUAUCCAGUAGUUACAUACCCAAUGGUCACCCACUGAAGACUGUACAGCAGCCGUGCAUUGUGGGACUUUCUACACAGUGUACAGAAGGGUCAACUGCAGAUGUUGCAGGGAUGAAAGCCAGAGAAAGCAGCGUUACCUUUGUGAAUGUUCAGGCUUUCUCUUCCCACCAGACCAGCUGUUCAACCUCGACAGUGUUGCCAGAAGUCUCAUGAUAUGGAUGUGAAAGAGUUGAAUGUUGUUCCCAUUGUAACAACAUAUUAUGCAAAAGGUUCAGUAAGAGAGGAACAAUUAUAGAGAACAAAUACAUGUUUAAUAAUAUAAGCUGUCUUGUUACUUUAUUCCCAUGCAACAUCUUUUGGCCUGGUUUGUAUGCAUGAGUGCACUGCACAGAAAGAAUGUGGCAGUUUGACACAAGAUCAAUCUUAAAUUUUGUUAAACUUUGUUUGCUCCAUUUUUUUGGUUUAUUUUUUUUUACUAAUUUAAACAUGUACUUCAUGUUCUAAGAGUUGGGAAAUGCUUUUCUAUAAUAUGUACUUUCUAUUGCAGUGUAUUUAAAGACACGUUUAUCAUAUUA